AUGACGAGCAGCUUCUUUGAGCGUUUGGUGCUGUCGCUAGUGUUAAGUACCGCCGUUGGAAUCUGUGGUUAUUACUGCAGCAAGUUAGUAAAUUGUCAAAGUAAUGACCGACGAAAGAGUUUGGCAGCUCGGCGUCUGGCAACUGCACCACGUCAAAGUCUGCAGAAACUACAGGCGUCUGGUCAUUGGGUGGCCCUGUGUGGCACGGCAUUUGAUGUGACUGGAGACCCUUUCUUUGAAGCUACAUGUGCUGGAAUCUACAGCUCGUGGGUAAAUCAUGAUGUCACGUAUUUGCUGCUGCAGUUGGGACUCGUGCCGGACACCAAGGACGACGCCAAGGCCAGAGCCAGCUACUUGGAUCGUGAGUGUCAGUUGGACACGCUAACAGGUGAUGACGAGGAGACGAGACGCCGUCGUGAGCUAAUUAAAGAGUGGUUUGUGCGCUUUCACUCACGCUACGAGGUGGUGGCGCAGCUUAGCGACCGCUACGUCGGUGCGCAGUGGGAAGCGUUGAGGGCAGAGCUAUUACCGUCGGAUUCUGGCUCCGGUGGCAAAUGCCCGUUGGGAUUCGGAGCAAAGACGGUGAGCAAGUCCACCGUGUCUCUCAAACCGGAGGAUCUAAAGAAUAUGAGGACGAUAUCUUUCCAAGGACGUCGUUAUGAUGUUACAAACUCAAAGUUGUUUCAUCCUGAUGGUGGAAAGUUUGCACAUUUUGUUGGUCAUGAUAUCACCUAUACACUGGCGAUGCAAUCGAUGCAAGUGGAAGAUUUAGACGUAGCACCGGAGAAAUCGUAUACGUUUGAGGAGCAGUUGUUGCUGGAGAGAUACAGAAACAUUUUUGCACGCACGUUGGUGCUUUUGGAAGUUGACGAAGAGCAGAGCGAGAAUGGUAACAGAAUGAAUGAAGCAAACCUGCACCAGUUGAUUGAGAGAAGCGACGGUAUUGCACAAGAUGAAUGUGUGAAAUUACUGAAUAAAGCGCUCGAAAAUGCGACCGGAGAUCAAGUGAACGCAGUGUGUCCUCGCACGAUGAUGACUCCUUUGCAGAAGGCUGUGGAGAAGCAUCGUUUAGAUCUCGUGGAAGUGUUGGUGCGUGCUGGAGCUGACACGGAGGAACGUGCGGCACUUUACGAUGACGAGACUCCAUUGCAAAUGGCCUGCCGAUUCCGUUUCGACGAUAUUGCGGCUUACCUCAAGACCGUCACCUUAGGUGGCAAUUAA